AUGGACUUACAAGGAUUAAGAAUUUGUAAAGUGCGGCAGUGUUCUCAAUGUCAGGGGGAUACCGAAUUCUACUGUAAAACAUGUAAACAUGGCCUAUGUUUACAGUGUAAAGAGAAACAUGUCAUUGAUCUCGAUACCAUAUACCAUGAUGUUGUAAUUUACCGAGAGAAAUAUGAAAAUCUAACAAAGCAAGAAACCUGUGAGAGACAUCAAAAUAUGAUCUAUGAAAAGUACUGUCAUUCUUGUGAACUUCCUGUCUGUGCCCAAUGCACAAAACACAGAAAUCCCCAAAAAUUUCCUUUUUUUCUCCAGUGGAUGAAAUACAGAAAACACAAAAUACUAGACCUCAGAACAGCUUAUGAAACAAACCGUCAACAAAACAGAGAAAUUAUCCACAACAUCAGAAGUGAGACUCUCUAUAACAGCUGUUUUCUCCUAUCAAGAAUCCAAACUGAUGUAAAAGCUUGUCAGACAGAAAUCUCCAACCGUGAAUCAGAGAUGUCAGCAAAAUCUCAGAAACUUAAGGACCUCAUUGACACUGUGAUAUGUGAUGUUAAAAUCAGACAUAAAAGUUUAAUGAUUCAAAGAUUACAAGAACAAAUCAGAAAAAUGAAUGGACACCUUGCCAGCAUAGAGAACUUUGAAUACAGAUCUGAACAGUCAGCAAACAGACCAGUCAAAUUCCUCUUCUUCCUAAAGAAUACUAAAGUCCCAAUGAUAAAAAUACUCCUUAUCUUACACAACAUGCCCCUUUCUCUCUUACAGAGGAAAUCAACAUCGAGGAUGUGA